ACCUAACCUUUGAAAAUGUGAGGGUACCGUAUCUCCACCAACAUGUAACGACUCCUAUCAACAUAAAUAUAAAAGUUUAUUACAUACACGACAUACAUGUGUAUGUUGUAUUCUAUAAACAAAGUGAUAACAGCCUGGAUUAAAAUGCGUAAUAAACAACUUAAAGACGGAUCUACCGAAAGAGACCCAAAGCAUUUUUUUGUCGCGAGAUUCGAGUUUGAUUGUUGGCUUAUACAUACCUACCUACCUACCCUCACAAGUGAGUUUUCGACAUCCGUGCUUGAUAUUUGGUUGACGUAAGUUUAGUUGGAUUUAACAGUGAUAUCCUGGGACUGGAGUGCUUUCAUUUAUCAUUUACGGUCGAUUGUAGUUCUCUUAUUGCACUGCAUUUAGCGGAUGACGCAAACAAGACUCUCUUUUUAGAUUCCUUUUCUAUGAAAGUUUAUCAUGAUCAUAUAUUGAUGGAUUUUAAUCACCGUGAUUUGGAAGUGUUGAGAACAUUCCUCUAAGACCGUCUACAUCAUUCUCAAAAAUCUACAAUGGCUUGUAUGCACGCAACGAUAUUCCAAUGUUCAAGCAAUGAUACGCUUUACGAUAUCGACCCCCAUAUACAAAAGUUCGAGGUCGCCGUCCUAGUCGUUUCAUGUAUAUGUGUCCUACUAGGCGUGGUCGGCAACGCGCUCAUCGUCUACAUCGUACCCAAGAAGGAUAUGCACAGUGUGUGUAAUAUAUUCGUCGCCAAUCUAGCUAUACGGGACAUCAUUUUCCUGGCAACAUUCGGUCUGGCCGUGAUCGUUGACCAUGGAGUAUUUAUCAGAAAGGGAAGUGAGUUGAGAGUUAUGCCUUUGAUCUCCGUUUAUGCCCUUACGGUGACAAUAUUGGCUACAUCUGGACUCUUGGUGGCGCUAGCUAUCGAUCGUUAUCAAUCCAUUGGCCAUCCUCUGCAAUCGCGUUCGAAGAAAAGCUUUUACAAAGCUCAUAUUGCAACGGCUGUAAUCUGGAUAGUCUCCUUCAUUCUUCCCAUCGUGCACCCGAUCAUGAAAACCCCCAACUCUCCGUUAUCUUGGCUCCUCGUCGUUAUCGUCAAUACAGCGGUUGCUUAUGUUCUCCCUCUCGCCACUGUCGGCAUCUGUUACGUCUUCAUCAUCAUCGCUGUUCGAAGGGGUCAAGAGGUUAGCGGCGAAUCAAACCACCUUACGCGCUGGGAAUUCAAACGCAAGAUCCGCGUACUCCGCAUGGUUGCGUACGUCGUUUUCCUCUUCUCACUAACAUGGGGCGUUUGGUGGGGGUUUAAUGUCUACAUUGCAUACGUGAAUUACAAGGGAAAACCCAUCGGUAUCCGUGACUCAAUCGCUAUGGACAUCACGGACUUGAUGGUGAUCGCGACGAGCGUCAUCAAUCCAUUCAUAUACGGUCUCACGGACGCGAAUUUUAACCGUCAUCUGAAGAGGAUACUCUGCUGGUCGUGUGCGCCGAGGAGCUUGCAUCAGCACGGGUCCACAAGGAACCCUGGGGAGAUCGUCCCAUUGGACCAUGCCGAAUAUUCGAUUGUGAAACGACGUUACAGCCAUUCUAACGGACGCCCGGAUAAGAGUGCUCUCCGAAUGAGCGCAGUGGAUAUUGAGUGCGACGUAUGAUUACUGCAAUAAUGGUAGACUUAAUCGGCGUCAGUCGAACGGUAUAUAAAAGCGAAACCUAUUGCAGAUAUCUAUCCCAAGUGUCUUCCUCACUAUGGUGUAAAAUUAAUAAACUUUUCUGAUAUUCCAAAUCGCUACAAAAUUCUGAAGUGCCAGAUGUCGUGAGAACUCAUUCUUACCAUAUUAUGGAACAGUUUAUGACGUCUCUGUGACGCGAGACGCUUAAAACAAUCCUUGGAUUUGGGACUGUUUUUUUUUUUCUGGCACUCACUUCCUUCGAAAUUCGAUCUCUUGCCCCAUUAUCAUCUUAAGAAACAUUUCCACUCCAAUCCAAUUUUGAUGUGUUAUGAUUGCCAUACGUUAAAGCUUCUAUGAUUUAGAUUGGUUAGCAAUUAUCGACUUUAUCUUGCUCUUUGAAACAAUGUUCUAUACAUCAGUUUAUUCACGAGAUCAAUCCCAUUCCUCCAAUGUUGUACAAAUCAAUAUACAUGAUAUAGGUGUAUGCAAGCACGAUAAUUCUGUCUAAGAUACACUGUGCUUCCAGUAUUAAACCUUUAAUCUUGUGAACACUUGCUUCAACCAUGUCGAUGUUUCCACCAGACAAUUGGGUUAACCAUUUUAAAAGAGUAAAAUUGACCUUUCUUUUAAUCAAAAGGUUUUUGAAAAUUGAAUACUUAUUUGUACGGCAAGUGCGAAGACCUGAUGUCACUCCAGAGAGAUGGAAACGAAAAAUAAUUAAAAAGUAGCAAUACUUUUGUUUCAGAAAGUCGCUUGUACUUCUCGCAUUUUAAGCAAAGUCUAAUAUGCACUUUCAAAUAUCCUGUGCAAGAAAGGUAGCAAUUUUCAUAAUUUGUAUCCGAUUUCUCACUCUGACAAUUUAUAUGAAAGAAAUAUCAUAUUUCAAUAUUCUUGCGUUUGAGAGGUUCUCGAUAUUUUCGGCUUUUGUUCAAAACAUUUAUAUUCCCUUAAUGUAAUAGGCUGCGAGUCUGGCUGCGGCUUCUUCUUUGUAGCAUACACAGAUUGAAAAAUUGGCUCAAUGAACCCUCAUUUAGAUUUAUCCAAUUACUAUAAUUAGAUGUUUUAGUUGGCCUAGGAUUCGAUACUUGCAUGCAUUUGUAAUUAAGGUAUGUAAAAAGUAAAUGAUUCAUUAAAAUUAUCAAUAUUGUGACCAAAAUACUUAACACUGUCAUUUAUUUGUGAUUCCAAACAUUCUGGUUGGUGUUAAUCCAGGCUAGAAUGAUGUCUAAUGAAUAAAGAAAAGUUCAACGAGCAACACGCAGAAAAUAUUCAUCAACAUCUGAUAGAAUUGACGAAUGUAUUGAAUUUUAAAGUUGAGCAAUAUUUUUUGGGAAAACUGUUAAACUGUCGUGAGUAUGCAGUGGAUUGACUGAUGGCGUGAUAUCCGAACUUCCUUGUUCCUACUUGGAAUCAUAAUCACCCGAGUAAAUCUUGUCUCACGGGUAACAAAUAAGUUUCAGCAACGAUGAUCUUAAACAAGUAAAUCAGUAGCAAAUCCUGUCUUUGAAAGAAUGUGACAUCAGUUCGCUCAUUGUAUAUUCACGACAAGCAUAGAACUAAUUCACCGGCAAAUUGGAAAACCUUAAAAUGUCAUAACUAAAAGUGUCAUUCCUCGUUCUCUUUUGAUGAUAUUUUCAGUGGUAUGUUACUUCGAUUGUCUAAUUUUACUAUCAAAUCAGAUUAUUUUCAGUUAGGGGCACCACGUUAACAGGGUGGAUGUCGACUAUUAGUAGACUUCUUAAAUAUUACGAGCCUGAUUCAAAUUUGUAAAGUACAACUUCUGGACAUUUCCACUUUCUUGAAUAUUAAUCAUGCCUGGGAAUGUAUUCAUUGGGUCUUUUGCUGCUUAACGAUGUCGACGUAAAUCGGAUCUUACGUAACAGACUCAAUUUCACAAUGGAAGACAAGAAACUAGUCUUAUUGAACACAAUGACACAUUAAUAUGUUUUUAUUUUAAUUUAACUUUAUUUCAUUUUUAUUCUUAACUUUUUGUUAUAAACAGAGAAAUUAGAAAAUGGCAUUUACAAAACCAUGAAAAAAAGAAUAUACUGUAAACCGUUCAUAUCAAUAAUAUCAUAUACAAGCUUUCUAAAUAUUGAUAUCUUGUACAAACGAGCUGAUACACAUGUAUGACCAAAAAGGCAAUGCAGAGCAAGUCUGAGGAUAUGAGGCACAUCACGGGUGCGUAACACGAAGCUUAGCGAUUGAUCGUUAGACCGAUUUCUACGAUUAAUUGUAUUGCUUAGUGUGUAUGAUCAAUCGUAAAUCAGCUCAAUGAUUGAUCGUUAAUCUUUGUGUUACCGGACACUGAUAUACUGUGCAUACUCUUGAAGAGGAUACUGUAUACAUCAUACAAUAAGCCAGUUCACGGUUAGCUAAUGAUCAACUUUUCUCAAAUGACCUUUGUGAUUUUUCAUUAGAAUGUAGAAUGUAGAUGUUGCGUAAGCUUUACCGGUAGAGUAUUCAAAUUCUAAGAACAAAAGGCAUUGUAUAGACCAGGUGACUAGAAUAGUACAUCAGGGAUAAAGUUUGGAAAUCUGUUUUAUUGUCUGCCUUUGGCACAUUUGACUAUUGUUUAGGCUACUCUCAAAUACCAGUGAUUAUGAAGGCUCUCUUUAUUACUCUUCAGCUUGGACGUGAUAAAUAUUUUGAAAAGAAUACAUGAAUAAUCAUCAAAUCACAAAUGCCUAU